AUGCUUCACCAGUCGAGACAAUCCAUCACUUGUGAACUUGAUGCUGGAAACUCUAACUGUUUGACAAUCACGGCUUGCUAUGCAGCAAACCUGAACACGGAGAGAUCUGAUCUUUGGGUAGACCUCAUCAAUGUUCAGCAGCAGUUAUCCUUAGACUCUUCCCCGUGGGUUGUUGGUGGCGAUUUUAACCAAAUUAGCCAUUUCUCUGAACACUCCCUACCCUCUGUUAACUGCUAUGACUCUCCAAUGUCUGAGUUCCGGGACACUCUUUCCCAUCUCGGCAUUUUUGACCUCAGAUUCACAAGGCCUCUUCAUACAUGGUCAAAUAAAUGCCCAUCUUCCCGCAUAGCAAAGAAACUAGACAGAAUCCUUGUAAACCAGCCUUGGGUCUCAUCAUUUCCCCAUAGCCAAGCCACUUUUCUCCCGCCUGAUAUAUCUGACCAUGCCCCCGCUAUCCUAAACCUUGCUGUAAACCUCCCAACCUCUGGAACCAAACCCUUCAAAUUCUUCAAUUACCUAACUAAACACCCCCUUUUCUACCAGACAGUGCUGCAGGCAUGGCAUCAGUCCGGAAGCAUAGCUUGGGAUCUCUCUCAUCUGUGUGUCAAACUCAAAAAAAUAAAGAGCGAUAUCAAAAAACUAAACAGAGAGAAUUUUUCCGAUAUACAAGAAAGAGUGAGAGUGGCUAAUCGUUUGCUUAAUGAUGCGCAGGUACUGGCGCUCACACAUCCUACUCAAGAGAACUUCCUUAAGGAGAAAGAGCUUCAUGAUAAGUGGGAGUUCCUCAGGACAAUUGAGGAAAGCUAUUUCAGACAGCGAUCCCGUAUCAAUUGGCUUCGAGAGGGAGACCACAACACAACUUUCUUCCAUCGCUUGAUGCAAGUCCGUAACUCUUAUAACUCCAUCAGAUCUUUCACACUAUCUACUGGUGAAGUUGUCACGGACCCUGUGGUAAUGGGAGUCAUAGCCAUCUCUCACUUCCAGCAACUUUUGGCACCACAAACUACUCUCACCUCUCCUUGCUCUCUCGCCUGGUUUCAAGCUCUCUCUCCUUUCCGCUGCCCUGAAUCAAAUGCUCAAGCUAUGAUCCUGCUGCCCUCAGACGAGGAGAUAGAAAGAAUGUUAUUCAAACUGAAUGCUAACAAGACAUCAGGACCUGACAGCCUAACCUCAGAAUUACUCAAGGCGGCUUGGAACUUCUUAGGCGCAGAGGCUUUACCUUGGGAGUAUCGAUCAAAGGACAUAUGGAUUCAACUCAAACAAGUUUCUGAACACACAGGUAGUCUUCUCUGAUCUCUUUCUCCUCUCAUCUCUCUUCUCUGAAUCUCUUAUUAGUUUCAAUUUCAACAGGUUUCGAUGCCAACACAGGUCAUCUAGUCUAUCUCAUU